AUGCCUACUUCCCUAAAAACAACAUCAGAAAUAUCACAGAUCCCACCUUUAUCUACUCAGCCUACAAAUGCAGGUCCAGCUCAGUCAAUCAAGGCGCUCGACACGACCUCUGUCCACCGCAUCGCGUCGGGACAGGUUGUGAUUGAUUUGCAGACGGCCGUUAAGGAGCUUGUGGAAAAUAGCCUAGACGCGAAGGCGACGUCCAUCGAGGUGCGGUUCAAGGAGUACGGCCUCGCUGCGAUUGAGGUCGUCGACAAUGGGAGCGGGAUCGCGCCGGGAGACUACGACAGUAUCGGGCUGAAACACCACACCUCAAAACUCUCCUCUUUUUCUGACCUCACAUCCGUGCGCACGUUUGGCUUCCGAGGUGAGGCACUCUCGUCGCUGUGUGCGCUUGCGGAACAGGUCACGGUCACGACUGCAACGGCGCAAUGCACGCCGAUGGGCACAGUGCUCGAGCUCGAUCGCUUUGGACGCGUCGCACGUCGCGAUGGCAAAGUAGCUAGGCAGCGAGGCACAACAAUCUGCAUAAUAGGGCUGUUCAAGCCGUUACCUGUACGACGCAAAGAGCUUGAGCGGAAUGCGAAGCGCGAGUUUGGCAAGGCAUUAACACUGCUCUCUGCAUACGCGCUUGUGCCUUGUGCACAAGAAAACCACGGCGUGCGUCUUACAGUGACACACCAAACCGGGAAUGGGAAAAAGUCGGUCCAAAUGCGCACGGAUGGGGCACCCUCGAUGCGUGCGUCCGUUUCGGCGCUCUGGGGCCCAAAGGCGCUCGAACACCUCGUCGAGCUUGAUUUUAAUUUUGACGUCGAGACGGAGCGCGCGGUACUUAGGAGACGCGGGGUUAUCGAUGCGGAUGGGCAAGUGCUAAAGCUUUUGACCUGGCUGGACAGGUGUAUGCUUACAAGUGAACGGGUCGGCGUGCAGGGAGUCGAACACGGUCCAUGUGCAAGGGCUGAUAUCUCGGUUUUCGGUGGGUUCUUUUUCGUCAACGGUCGCCCGUGUAACCCUUCCAAGGUGCAAAAAGCGUUUAACGAGGUGUAUCGGACGUUCAAUGCGACCCAAUCGCCGUUCAUCGUUGCUAAUUUCAAUCUUCCAACAGAGUCGUGCGACGUGAACGUGAGCCCAGACAAGCGGACGAUUCUACUACAUAGCGAGAACAACCUCGUGCAGGCCCUGAAGGCUGCUCUAGAGCAGAAGUUUGCACCUUCGCGGGCAACAUACGACGUCAGUGCUGCUUCCGCUUCGCAGGCUGUGCAUUCCCAGCCUACACGGAUGGCUGGUGUGUCUGUCAAGGCGCAAGCACUGUUCAUUGACGAGGACGAGGACGAGGACGAGGACGACGAGCCUGGCAGCAUGGCACCGCUACCGAUGGCAAGCGAGGACACAACGGCAUGUGGCAGCGAGCAGUUUGGUGAUCCGGUGCUGCUCUUGGGCGAUGACGAGGGGGCGCCAGAAGGGGGAGAGGGGAGGCCCAGAGCAGCGGAAGCUCAGGAAGCCGCGGGGCUUCGCGUCGGAGAUGCAGCAUGUCAGAAGACGCCCGGAGAUGGAACGCCAGCAGGGUCCUCCAUGGAGACCGAGGCAGACCACAGCCCAGGUGCAAGCAUUGUCGCCGCGGGAUCCGAGGCUCCCCCAGGCACCGCGUCCCCGCUUCUAACUGUGACUCAGCUCCAGACUGCCAUUGCCCAAUCCGGCUCGCCUUCUGCCUCUCAGUCCCAGCUGCCGCCAGACUUGGACAAGGUCGGAGACGCGCUCCAACCCCCUCGCCAUGCUGCUCUAUACCCGGACACGAGUACUGCGUCCGGUGAGAAUACCUCUGUAGCAGCUGAUGAGAGGGAAGCGGUCGAUCACCCAAUGGCUGCUCCUCCGCGGCCUCACCGGGAGACGAGCGCAGACGCCAGCACGCGCACGGACUCUCGACGCGUGCAGAUGGUUAUCAGUACUGCAGGAGCUGCGUGGAACUUGCGGCGGCCUGCGGAGGAUCAGAUAGGCCCCGUCAAUUCUAAGAGACGCAAGGUUAGUGGUGGUAGUGGCUCGGAUGAUCCCAGGGAAGGUAAAGGUGCGAGGCAAGAUCUGAGGGCGAAACUCAGGGCAUUUGCGAGUGCGGGCAGUCAGGCGGCAGAUGCAGAAGAAGAUGGGGGUGCAGAUAGGGAUGAAGAAGACGAGCUCGAUGCCGGCGAGGACUGUAAGCUGCUUGAGGACGAGCCCAUGGACGCAGGCGAUCUUUCGCCUGAGCCCGAGCCGAACGUCAAUGGGGCUGCAGGUAUGGACCUGGACAGCGAAGAAGUCGGAGAAUUCGUCCUUACAGGCACACCGAUACUCUCAGAACCAUCACAGCCUGAUAUUAUCGACCUGACAGAUCUCGCAGACAACACAGAUUACUCAUCGGAUGUCGAGGACAUCAAACGUUUCUCAACACAGUCAGGGCAUCCUCGCCCACGGAGCGAAUCGAGCACCACUGUCUCUCGACGUCCAGAGAUCGUGCGGACCGCUGAGAACGAAGACGUGCCACUCCGCGUCGAUUUUUCGCGUAUUUCGUCCGCGUGGACAUCUUUACGCGACGUGGGCUCUCAAAGUUCCCCUGCUGCUGCUGUCGCUGAAAGAGUGUGCUCGCAAUCGGUUGCAGCCACGAUUGAAAAGACGAAGGCAGAUGCAGGCGUAACAAGGGCCGCGGACGACAGCGCGGUUGCCGAGGCGCUCGCACGGGUGAUCGACAAGACGGACUUUGCGGUUAUGGAUAUUGUCGGACAGUUCAACCUUGGGUUCAUCGUUGUCCGCCGUCAGCGACGGACGGACGCCGACGACAGUACACGCCAAAAUGGUCUCGAUAAAAUUGACGACGAUGACCUGUUCAUUGUGGACCAGCACGCCGCAGACGAGAAAUACAAUUUUGAGACGCUCCAACAGACGACGGUGAUUAAAUCUCAGAGGCUCUUUAGGCCACUCCCCUUGGAGCUGACCGCGGCAGAUGAAUUGCUCGCGAGGGAAAACGUUAAUGUGUUAAAGCAGAAUGGGUUCGAGGUGGAGCUUUCCCCGGACGAUGGCUGCGGAGGAGCGCGUCGGCUCCAGCUGAUCGCGCAGCCUACCAGUAAGGAGACGGUUUUUGAUGUCAAAGACCUGGAGGAACUCCUACACCUGCUACAGGACCGUUCACCCGGUGGGCAGCCUGUGCGCUGCUCCAAGGCGCGUGCGAUGUUCGCGAUGCAUGGUAUCAGUGAUCCGUCAUAUGGGCACUAUGGACCAGCCAUGGCAUUGCCCGCACGGGCGGCCCACGAUGCGCCACCUAUCGGAUGUGCGGGGGCUCGGCAGGGACCUACGCGAACGCUGCACACGGGGUAUCAAUUGGGCAGAGUUUACGGGGUGAACUAG